AUUUUCUCUUUUCGACAUAUUUGCUUUGAUGGUGAACACGAAAGCGUGUUGAUUUUCACGGAUUUUCUAUCCACUUCUUGUUUUGUAGAAACAUUGUAUAUAGUUUGUAAUUAUACUGUAUGUUUUGGGGAUGAAAGGUGGGACAUCUAGCAGUAAUCGGGGACAACAGAGCACCACAAAAACAGGGAAACAAUCUCCUCAAGGCAAAUAUCAGCCAACAGCUGAGCAAGUUCAGUACGCUCAGUUAUUGAAUCAUGAUGAUCCAGAAUGGUUGACAGCUAAAAUUCAAAAGAUUGUGGAAAUGACACAAAAGCCGCAAGACGAGGUUGCCAUUGCUCUACAUGAUUGUGACAACAACAUAGACUCAGCAGUCCUCAAUCUUCUUGAGGGAAAAUACAACCAGGGGGAGUGGACAACAUUUCAACCUCGCAAGAAGAAAAGCCAACCUGCGGAUACCAUAUCGCCCGUCAAUCCUAAGGAUAAAACAGGAAAUUCAAGGCCAGACAGAAAGGACAACAGGGAAAGGGGUGGCGGUAGUUCACAGUCUGUUGAAUAUAACAACAGGAGAAACAAAGGACAGACAGACAGAAUAUCUGACAGUGCCCCCAGGCAAAAUGGGCCGUUGAAUAACACCAGACCACCUGGUGGUGGACGAAACAGGAACCGAGAGGACCGUGAUGAUCAACAGGGGGACCAAGGGGAUCAGCAAGAGGAUCGCAGAGGUGGCAGGGAGGGCAGGAGGGGUGAUAGAGACAGUCGUCAAAGCGGAGAUCGAACAGACCAAUCGGAUAGAAGGAGUAAUUACAGAGAUCGUGACAGGAAUGAUAGGAGUAAUCGGGGUGGUAGAGGUGGUCGUGAGGAUAGGUGGGAUCAAAAUGAUAGGGGUGGAGGUGAUAGGGGUGAUCGUGGGGGUGAAAGGAGUGAUCGUGGUGGUGUGAAUAGGGGUGAUCGUGACAUGGAUAGAGGUGAUCGAGGGGACCGUGGAGGUGAUCGAUGGAAUAGUGGAGAUAGAGGUGGUGAUCGGGGUGAAAAAAGAUUUGGUGGCAGAGGUGGUUUCAACAAGCGUGGUGGUGGAAUGGGUCGAGGUGGUAGAGGAGCAAGGGGAUCAAGGGGAGGCAGAUUUCCAAACAAUAGAUCAGGUGGACGAAGAUUUGAACAACUGCCAAAUGGACCAUCGAAAGACAGCUCAGAGUUUCCAUCAACUUCGGAAAGUUGGGAUGCACAAACUCCGGGGAAAGAUGAAAAAGACUGGGGAUCGUCGGAAGCGGCCGGCAUCACGGAAGAUUGGGGUGCGGACGACUGGGGAAACGAGAAACAAAACGAUACAUCGAACAUGCCAUCCUGGGCCACGACGGAGAAUGAUAAGAAAACAAACACGUGGGAAACACGUGAUAAUCAUGCUGAUCAGAAUCUGACGAAUCACGUGAACCAUCUGCCUGAAUGUGAUGAUGAAGCAAUCCUCAGUUCAAAGAUCGCGUCGAAAGCCUCGCCUCUGCUACAAAACCACGAGGAGCCUCCCAGGUUUUCUACCGCACCUACCGCCUCCUCGCAACCGUAUCCCAGCGACGCCCCAAAAUCAUUCGGCCUUCCCACCGAUGCACCCUCGACCACGCCCAAAGACACCGGUAUAGCGAGCUUGGCGAACGCUGGGCUCACGAAGAUGACCAAUCACCGCCCGCCUUCGAUGGACCGAGUGCAUGCGUCAGCAGGUCAGGUGACCGCCAGUCAACAGCCCGCGGUCAAUAUGGCAGCGGAUUCCGAACCACCUCAACCACAAAGGCAACAAAAAAGUCGCACGAAAAGACUACCGAAAGGACAGAUUCCAAAACAAGCUGUUGAAAUGCCGGGAAACAAUGGUGGCGUGGACUCUCUUGAUGUCCAGUUUGGAAACCUGGAAUUUGACGGCGAAAUGAUGACCAAAGGUAAACCCGAAGAGGCGCGAAUAAGGCAGCCGAAAGAGGAAUCGAUUCCUCUUCCGCAAUCUGGGAACAUGAACAUCCCCCAACAAGCUUCACCAGCUGCUGUCGUCAGCACUGUUCCUUCUAAUAUCACGAAACCCGUACCCAUGGCAACAACGUCAAUGACAUCGGAGAGUUCUGUCGUCGACACGUACGAACAGAUGUCACCAAGACAUUACGCAACGCCAGGCACACCCAGCUCAAAAUCUGCCAUGACUCAGAUCACCCCCGAGCCCAGUCCUCGGAAAGUGAAAGCUGAGCCCCCGCGUGAACCCAAGACGCCGCCGAUGUCAACGACGGCGCUUGCUAAGAAAGUCGACGUGUCGACCUCUCCUAUGCCGCUGACCACAACGAUGACGGCGUCGCUAGCGAAGAACAACGAAGGCGUUGCAAGUCGAGCGACCUCGUUACAUUCUCAGAUCGAGGCUCUCACGACCUCUGACGAGAGACUGGAUGAGAGAGUCCACCAGCAAGCACCUGCCAUUGGCCAUUCGCCUUCACCGCACGCUGACCAAAGUGCAAUGCGGUCGCGCCUCGGCGUUACCUCAUCGUCAACGACCAGACCCAACCCGACGCCUGCGGGCGUAAGCCUGAGUGCAUCUGGUCCUGCGGGCCCGCCGCCCGGCAUCAUUUCGGGUAUACAGCCCGCGGCUACAGGACCGCCAAAGACUUCAAGUACGAACGUCAUCAAUCGACCAGCGGCUCACGGCACAAAGCCGCCUAAUCUACCACCGGGAGUAAUGCCCCUCUACGGUAUGCAACCUGCUCCUGGAUUUGCUGGAUUUUCGCCACUGGCCUACCCUCUUGACGAUGUACAGAUGUUGCAGCGAAUGCAAAUGCCCCCCUAUGGCUACGAUAUACCUUUCCCCGUGACUGGACGUGACGGCGUGCAAAACGCUUACUCAGGCGCAGACGUCAAGUACAACAGGAACGACACCUCCUCGCCUGUGCCUUCGACCCUCACCGCUGGACCGCAUGGACAGCAGGCGACUCCGUUUAUCAACACGCAUGCGCAAUUACAUCCGUUUGGCUUCGCGAGUAACCUGGCUUUCUAUCAUGGCGGUGGAAUGAUACACGGCAUGCCGUACACGGCACAGAUGUACCAACUUCCUGCGAAAGGACCUGGCGUUACAACACAGUUUCAACAGACCUUUGCCAACCAGCUUGGUCCGCACUACACGUCAGGAUACGACGGCUUGUCAAGUACGCAUGACUUUGGUAAACAAGGAUAUCAGCACCCGGCACAAAGUAAAGCCAAUCCAGUGAGUGGAAGUACUCCAAGCAACAGCGCGUCAGAUUUGUCAACGGCAUAUAAGCCACAGUUUGCCGACAAAGGUUAUCUGAGUGGAACACCGCCGCCAUUGAAUAUUUCAUUGCCAGGACAAGGUCACCAACCUCAUCCUGCAGGUUUCCCAAUCAUGCCUGUCUUAGCGCCGACCCAACACCCCCCGUCGCUCUUCCCGAGCCAUCAUCUCUCGCAUCAACAACAAUUGGACAACCUGAACCAAAACCGGGGGGCGCAGAAUCAAGGCAAAGUUUCGCAGAACAAGUCUCACCAUGCCCCGUCGAUAUAUCCUCCUCACCAGCCAUUUUGGUCAGGAACAAAUUGAUCCCCCCCAACCCGUGGAAAAAGUGUGCCUCGUGAACCCGGACCCCCUCGAAUUAAACAUUUUUGUGGUGUAAUGUGUAGGAAUUUAAUGCCGCCCCGACUGUUUCUCGUUUUUGAAAGAAUAUUUCUAUACUUGGAGAAAUGAUGUGUAAAUUAUAUGUAAAUUUCCCAUUUGACUGCAUUGUAACUUAGUAUUGCGACGGAUUUUGCAAUACGGCGUAUUAUAAACAAUGUGUGUGUGUUUCGUGACGUCCUUACUGUUUGAUACUAUUAAAACAAAGACUGGAAUUUAUUAAACAAAUACAGAGUACAUAUCUUCGCACUAAAGAGAUGCAGAAAAUAAAGAAAUUUCAAAUGAA